AUGAGUGCCUCGUCACUCAUCGCCAAGCAGACGCCCAAGACGUUCAAAGCCUACUACACCCCAGCGUACAAAAGUCUCGUCUCCCAUCACGUUGCAACCGACCCCUCGCAUCCCCUCUACGAGACGCAGCGCCGCAGACAGGCCGAGAAGAAGGAGGAGGGACUAUGGUGGCAUGCCACGGCCAGCGCUGACUUGGCCAAGUCCAGUUGUAUAAGAACAUGGGCUAGACGGCGGCUACGCAAUGCUGUAGUCGACGAGCUCAAGGCGCGCGGAUACGACGAGACUGGCAAGUUCGCCAAACCCAAGAUUGUGCCGCAGCGGGCAGAUUUGAUGGCCAGGGUAGGUGCAGGCCGGACACUAGAUCUGAAGGGAAGCUUGAGAUUACAUGUACAAGCCCCUCUGAUCCCUGCCAAAUACCUAGACAUACGUGCAGAGGCUGGGGCUGUCAUUGAUGCUCUCGAAUCUGCUACAACCAACGGCGCGCCACGCGGGUAUGCAUCAGAGAGGUCAGCCAAAAAUCGGUCAUUCUACAAUCCACUUGCUGCAUCUGCACAGCCAUCUUGGCAUCGGACACAAAGACCCGUCGCGAAGUCACGCCAGAGGUGA